GUUGGUAUUAUGGCUGGAGUUUUGGUUUGUAGUUAAACAACGCCCUCUACUGGUGACAAAUUACAAGACAUAUUUAAAUAAAUUGUAAAAGUUGAUUAUGAAAAAUGAUUGUCUGUCCAGUGUCCUGUUUUACACAUUAUUUAUUAAUUAUGCAAUGUAAUUAAAUAUUACAUUAACAUUACAUUUAAUCAUCUUUUUGACCUUCAGAUUCCCAAUGAGACAUGCAAACCAUUAUUUAUAACUGUGUGAAAAUGUUUUUCACGACAGCUCGUGGAAAAUUAAAGGUCAUUUGUUUUUUAUGAAUGAAAUCAAUAUAACAAAUCAGUUACAAAUGAGAAUAUAUCAAAGUAAAGAACGGAAUGACUUUGGUGAACAAUCAGACUGCUCUUAUUUGUUUGCUGCAUCAUUACCUAAAAGGGCAAUCAGGACCCAUAGGAUACCUCAGAAAUAUAUAUAUAUAGGACAGAACAGAAAAAAGUACAAGCUGUGUUAACGCUCAUAAUGUGCUUUAAACACUUUGGGCUUCCAAAUGAAAAUGGGAUUAAGACACUGAUACUUUAACCUCCUCUAAAUAUAAAGCAGAGCGGAGACUCUCAUUGAAUUACAAUCAGCAGAUUUCAUUAUUCAAAGCAGCAGCGCAGCAGGAUUCUUUCGCGAGGAAUAACUCUUCUGAAUAAAUGAGGAGAAAAGGACUCGGAAAUCCAAACGUAUCGGCCGCUCUGAUUUUUUUUCCAGAGCUUUUGUUAAAAUAAUCUCUCCUCCUUGUUUCUUUGUAGAAAAUCCACAGAGCUCUUCACACCACGUACGAGGACGUAGGCAAGGAGAUGACCGGCCUGGACCAAAACCCCUCCUCCUGUAUCUCAGAGAACUGCACCCUCCACAGGAAACAGUAUCAGCCUCCUCCUCCUCCAUCUCCUCCCAUAUCCCUCCCUGCAUCAUCCACAGCAGGGGGCACCAACAACUCCUCACCAUCCCACGAGCCCAAGGAGAAGCGUGUGCACUUUGACCUGGAGACCCUCCACAGCUACCGCCUGCGCACACACACGGCCUCGGUGCGCGGCAGACCCGGAAUGGUCGGUCGCCCCGGGCUCGGAUUGGGCGGUUUAGAGCUGGGAAACUUGGGCGCUUUUGGCUCCCCGUCACAGAUUAGCCUCCACGUGAAUGGAGGCCCCGUGUCGGCGCUGGCCUCCUCCGGCCUGGUGCUCACUCCCCUGGGGAACAGGGCAGCACAGACCAGCCUGUGGGAAGGGGAGCUGCAGGAGCUGCAGGGGAAAAUCGAGACAUUCCGCAACCAGCUGAGAGAAGCUCUGGCCAGAAGGGCGGAGAUACAGAGCAGCCUGGAGCGAGAGAGGAGCGGACUGGUACGCAGGGACACCAGUCUGGAGAGGGACAAGGACAAGCAGAGGAUACAGACUAUCAACACAGACAGGAGCAGCAGUAGCAGCAGCAGCAGCAGCAGCAGUGCUCAGCCAAAGCUGACAGAGAGGGACAGAAGCAGCCAGCUGCAAACCCUGAACAAUCAGCAGACAGCGAGGGUGAACCAAUCAGGCGUGACAGGGCCUCUGGAGCUGGGGAGGAGCAGCCAGUUAAACACAGUCAACAGUUUGGACCGGGGGAGACCCAGCAUCCAGUUACGAGCUGUAAAUACUUUGUUAGGAGACAGGACUGUGCUGUCGCGGGCUUCAGCCAGCCUGGAGAGGAGUCGCGUCAACCAGGCUGCUGUCGGAAACUUAUCGGUCCAGUCACGUAACACGUCCAGCCUGGACAGGCAGAAAGCCAACUUGGUCCGCGCAAUAAACACUUUGGAGAGGACAAAAGCCAACCAAUCAGGUGUCAGCAGCGGAACUUGAGCCAAUGUGAAUCGCAAGCACAUAAAGAAAUCACUGCUGACAGCACAGAAAACCAGAGGCAUCAGAAAGUUACAUGAAAGGAUCAGAGGCAGAUGGAACUUUGUUUUUGGGGAUUCUUACUUUGUGUCAGAUCAUGUCACCAAAGUCUGAAUUUAUUUGUGUUAUUUUUCUUUUUUUGGUCAUAUUUUGAACACAAUUUGAUUUUACUUAGAAAAUAAAGUUAGAAUUGGACAUUAUAUUUUAAUCUCAGAACUGCAUAAUUAUUAUAUUAUUAUGAAUAAUUAAUAGUUAAAAGGUAAAAAUUUUCUUUAGUAGGAAGGAAAAAAGUAACUUAUCUUACUGAAUCUCUAAAUUGGAAAAAAAAAACCCUCCAAUCAUCCGACUUCCUCUCAGACUCCAAAUUCUGACUUUGUUCUCAACUACAAUGUACUUCCCAAAAUUGAAAAAGUAGAGAAAGACUCACUCAUUGCUGAUGCAAUUUAAUACCUAAUGCCAUCUAUUCUUUGUUUGCCAUCUUCCCUGUGUCUCUGUGUGUCGUCCUUUAAUGAUAAAAAAACCCUAAUUUUUAUUUUAUCGCUUAAUCUCACACACUUUUCCAAAUGUGGAAUAGAAAA